UAUUUCCUGUUGUUCUUUUGCAUUGGGUUUGGUUAGCGAUUACCCCUCUUCUUCUCUUCUCUUCUUUUGAUUUUACCCCCUUUUUCAUUUGUGAUUGAUGUUCUAUGCUGCCCCCCUUUUGUUCCUUGCUGUUUUACGAACUCUAUACCCCCGAGCAGCAACACCUUGUAUACUUCCCCUGUAUAUAUCUAUUUCUGAUCCGAUUUGGUUGUUUUCUUGCCUUUUUACACUGAGCAGUUAUCUGUUGGAUGCAAUUGCUGUUAUCUUUGGACGCUUAUAGACUUGGUUUCCGUGCGCAAGAAUACACUAUACUACUUAUGGAUUUUUCACCUGCAUGCAAU